AUGAAUCCAAGUUCUUCUCCUUCCUUCUCUGACCACCCCCUCCCACCUUAAGUCAAGGCCAAGAGAGAGAUGCCAGGAGGCUCAAGGACUGGACUGGACUCCUGAGUCCCCAAGGAAGGAUAUAUGUCCAGAGGACAUUGCCACAAAGCCCCAUCAUUGUUAGAGUCCUGCUGCUCCCAGAGGCAUCUCAUCUAGAAGGACUGGACAAGGCCCUUUCAAUGUCUACCUCCACCAGGACUGAGGGAGCGGUAGCAUAGUAGAGGCAAGUCCUCAGAGGGGUGGGUCUGGUGCAAGGUGGAGCCUUGAACCUUGAGCUACAGGAGGGCGAAGAGGGCCCAAAAUGGCCAGAGCCCUGCAGGAGUGGAGACUGACACCUGAAUUAGUGGCAGGUCCUCGGGCCUGUGGACAGAGCCAAGAGCUGAAAAGAGACGUCCAGUCUGGCCGGAAGAAUAGGAGCUCAGGACUAGAGGCUGGAGUCGAGAAUUAAGGUGCUAGUUCUGUAACCAAAGACCAGGAUUUAGGCCUGGGGCCAGGGCCAAAAGCUGAAAAGAGGGCUUCCAAUGAGGCAGGGGGCGGGGCCCAGCCUCCAGGAGGGAGUGCCUCUGGUGAAGGGCAGGGUCGGGCCAGGAAAGGCAGGGCCUUCCGCGUCUGCGUCCGGGAGGUCCGGGAGCUGCCGGGUGCGCUGGCUGCCCUCGCUGGGCCACGUAGCGGUGGUGGUAGACCAGGGCUCGGGCUUCAUCAAGGCGGGCUUCGCGGGCGAGCGCCAGCCCUGCCUGGUGCUGAAGAGCUCCAGCCUGGUGCCCACCUGGGACCGGCCGGUGCUGCCCGGCGCACCCGGCUGUGAGGUGGCGGGCGGCGUGGCGAGGGCACACCCCAUCAAGCACGGCCUGGUGGUGGACUGGGAGGGGCUGGAGGCGCUGUGGGAGCGCCUGCUGGUGGGCGGCCUGCGGGUGUGCCCGGAGCAGUGGCCCGUGCUAGUGAGUGACUCGCCGUCGGCGCCGCCCGUGAGCCGAGAGAAGGUAGCCGAGCUGCUGUUCGAGGCCCUGGCGGUGCCCGCGUGCCACAUGGCCAGCACGGCGUUGCUGGCGCUCUGCUCCACUGGUGCGUUCAGCGGGCUGGCAGUGGAGGCAGGCGCGGGCGUGUGCCAUGCCACGCCUGUCUACGCGGGCCACUCGUGGCACAAGGCCACGUUCCGGCUGGACGUGGCAGGCAGCACCCUGUCACGCUACCUUCGGUACUUGCUGGUGGCAGCGUGCCCCGAUCUCCCGGAGCAGGCCUUGACCCGAAAGGCCAUCACACAGCUCAAGAAGCGCUGCUGCUAUGUGUCGCUGGACUUUGAGGGUGACCUUCAGAACGCUGACCGCCACCAUCCCGUCAGUCUCUGCUUAAGCAGUGGGUGCUCUGUCUGCCUCAGCAGCGAGCGCUUCCGCUGCCCGGAGCCAAUCUUCCAGCCGAGGCUGCUGGGCCGGGCUGAGCCAGGACUGCCCGCGCUGGCCUUCCAAGCACUGCAGAGGGUCCCUGCAACUCUCCGGACACGGCUGGCCAACAACGUAGUGCUGGCCGGUGGUUCCACGCUUUUCCCUGGCUUCACUGAGCGCCUGGAAAUGGAGCUGGAGGCGCAGUGCCGGAGGCAUGGCUACGGGGCACUGCGGCCUCACCUGGUGGCCAGCCCUGGACGUGGCACGGCAGUGUGGACAGGGGGCUCCAUGGUGGCCUCCCUGCACUCCUUCCAACAGCGCUGGAUAACCCGGCCCAUGUACCAGGAGUGUGGCUCCAGGCUGCUGCACGAAGUGUUCAACUAAGUCAUGUUGGACUGGAGGGGGAGGUGCCACGGGAGGGGCUGCAGGGGCUCAGUGGGCUGAGCUCUAUCAGAGGCAUUGAGUGCCAAAUAAAAGUCUCAAGUGAGUGGA